CAGGAGCUGACUUCCUAUGACACCGCCCAGUGGUCCCCGAAGCGCUCAACAAGGGAUAAGUUGGUAGACUGCUGUCAUGGUUACCUCGAGGAAGGUGAAGCGACUGUCCUCGAAAAGCAGCAUCAAGACGAGACGGUGACGGCAUGUCAUCUUCGCGAUCAGGUUGCUAGCCUCCAGGAUCAGGUCGAUAGCCUUCAGGAUCAGGUCGCUAGCCUUCAGGAUCAGCUAGCUCGACGAACAGGCGAGAUCGAAGAAGCCAGAAGCCUCGUUGUGAAACUGUAUGAAGAGACGGCAAAUGCCUACCCGCCUUUGAGCGACCUUAAUCACAAUGCCCGACUGUCUCUGCUGGUUCAGAUGUUCUUUGCUUCGCAAAACAACAAGAUAGCUGAACUGGAAUCGCGAAUUCAGGAAGGCCAGAGUCAAGAGGCUAAAUUACAAGCGGGCAUCAGUCGUCUUUGCGAACAGUUGGAGGAGGCUGUUGAGGCCGGGAAGGCUUUAAGCGAAGACCGAAGAGAACUCAUCAGUCUUAUCAUAACCCUAACGAAGCAGGAGCAAGAGGAGGAUGAGCUGGUGGAAAUAGAGCACACGCUAUGCAGUAAACCGCAAAGUCCUGUUGCGGCUCAUGAGCAGUUCCCGGGCUGUGACAACAAACGUCUGGCUGGCUUGAUGGAAGGAGUCAAUAACAUCAAGUGGCAAGCCGGUCUGUCGCAGAAGAUAACGGCAGCCGUAGUCGCCAGGCUGACCAACUGGGCAAACGAUUUGACUGCAAAGUCGGCGUUUGCUCAAGCAGCAACAGAAGAAAAGCUGAGCACAACUCAGUCCGACUUGGCCAAGUUGAUGGAACAGCUAGCAGAAGUAAAUGCUAACCUGGAUGACAGUAAGCGGGAAGUAGAAGAGUUACAGAAGAAGCUCAAUGCAUCUGAAGCUGAGAAAUUGAGACCAUCUGCCGAGGACGCAAAUGAACAGUUCCGUCUUCCUACUCCACCACCAGCAGUAAGUGAAGCAGAUUGGAGAGCUGCCACUCCCGAUGUUUCCCUAGUUGAUGCCUGGAGUCAGGGCCGAACAGAUGAGAAGACAGCACUUCGCCACACUGAAGACGCCAGUUCGGGAACAGAACCGGAUGAAAACACCCCUCUAUUGGAGAGCUUUACCGAAGCGCGGUCUGAUGUCAUGCUGCACACCGCGAACGCCGACGAUUUUGGGCCGUACACGGCCGUGUCUGGUCAAACUGAGUCUGUCGCGACACGUAGCCCUGAGGAAGACCAGGUUGUGCAUCCGGUUAUUGAACCAGUUCUUACAGCAGAAGCGUCUGCGCCAAAGUUGGGUGUUGCUCCACCUUCCCAGGAGACCGAGGUCAGUUUAAUGACUGCACCGGAGACAGCUGCGGAGCUGAAAAGUGCCAUUUCGUCUUUGAAAGCUCAACUGGAGCAGGCAGACGUAGAGCACCAGGUAGGGGUGGAACUCCUGAGGGGCCAGCUGUCAGCCGCUCUUGAUCGUCUCAGAGGCCUACAGGUCGUGCAGUCUGCGUAUCAGACUGAUCUCCAGCAACUGAAGACGGUGCUGGCCUUGAAGACCAAACAGGAGGAGGAGCUGAACCGCACCAUUGCCUCCAUGAAUGAACGCGUGACAGAGCUGGUAGGUCAGGUAGAUGGCCUGAGAGCAGAGUGCCUUGCGAAAGACUCCGAAAAGACGGAUGUCCUGAUUGAGUUGGAGGCUAUGCGCGAGGCCUAUAGACGUGUCACCGCCGACCGAAAGGCUACGAUCCUCAAUGAGGUAUCUGACUCAAGCGAGGGUCAGCCUGGUGUGACGGUUGAGACCGACGAAACUCUGCCCUGGAAUCCCUGUUGCGUGUCAGCUGUCAGUUUUAUCGCAGCCGUGGCUCAGGGAGAACCCAUGCAAUUCAACCUCAUCCGUGACCUGGCCUACUCGGAAGCCUGUCGCGUGCGACUUGCGGGUGCACUGGUGGCCGCCGAACAACAGGUAGGCGAAUUGAAGGCUCUGCUUGAGUCUCUGCAGAUGGAGGUGGAGUUAAAGCACGCAGAGAUCGCUGACAAGAAUAGACAGCUGAUUCUGCUGGAUGCUGAGACGAACAUAAGGAUGCCGACCGACGAGGGCACUGACCUUUAUCCAUCCUCCCAGGAGCCGGGCGGUGAUACCCGCAGUUCUGUCAGUGUAGAGCCGCCAGUGGGUACCAACGGUAAGAAGCCGCAUACGCCUGACUCUCUGAGGCCUACAGCUGCCGCCUAUAAG